AAAAAGAAAAUUUUUAGAUCUUUACAGAUUCCUUCAGAAUCGAUGUCUGAUUUGGUGCAUUUUGACCAUUUAUUCAAUGGUAAAAUAACUAAUCGAGCCUCCAGUACUUAUGCUGAUAGCCCGGCCGUCAUUAUUGGAUGGGGAACAACAAUCACUCCAGGAGGAAGCCUUUCAAAUACAUUGUUAAAAGCUGAUGUCGUAGUGGAGGACAACACAAUCUGCGCCAGUCAAUAUCCCGAUUUUGUCGGCGAUAAUAUGCUGUGUGCCACGUUUACAGAACCAGUAAACCCGCCAACGGAAAACCCGAUUACUACAUCAGAAAACCCUCUACCGCCAUCAACGGCCAAUCCGUUGUGUUCACCAGCUCUCUCGGACUGGGCGACUGAAUUACAGCCACUGAGUUUUUUUUUCAAUAGAACUGCUGGAAGGGUACAGACGAGAGCAAACACUUGCGAGCAGGGUAUCGACAUUGGCGGUCCGCUUUUCGUCGAUGGAGUUCAAGUUGGUAUUAAUUCCUUCGGCUAUAAUGUUGAUUGUGCUGAUCCUAGUUAUACUGGCUUAUACACCCGAGUCACCACUUAUCUUGAGUGGAUUGCGACUACGAUGGCCAACAAUCCGUAAACAGGUAAAAUAAUGGCGAUUCGUCAUGACUAUAGUCUAUACAAACUGACUGCAUAGUUUUAUUUUGUCAUGAAAUUGGUUUUAUCAAAUUACUGUCUUUUUUAUAUCAAUGAUCUAGUUAUUUUUAUUUGCAAGAUUUUAGUGUUUCAUGUGUGUUUGGUGUAUUAGAUAUGCGUAACGGAAGUAAACAAUAAAACCAAUUCUUUAUUGAGCAAAUAAAUUUCAGGUAAAU